UCACCCACCAACGGCAGGACCGAGCACAGUCCGACGCCGCCACGGAGUUUAAUCGACACUUUUUUGGGCUUCGAUUUCAAAUCAAAAUGAGGAUUCUUCUCAUCUUCGGUCUCGGCCUGAUCUCAGCUGGAACCGCUGGUGUGCCAAUCAAAGUAACCGGAUCCGCAGGGAGCUCGGUCCAGAUCAGAUGCCCCUACGAAGCCGGUAGUGAGAUUCAAAGGAAGAGUCUGUUGAGAGGUGACUACCCUCCUCUGUUUAUCAGAGAAGCUCCUGUCCAAGAUCAGAGGUUCUCUCUGUACGACGACACAAGAUCCAGAGUCUUCACCGUCACCAUCGCUGAUCUGAGACCGGACGAUGCAGGAACAUACUGGUGUGUGGUCGGGAAAAUAUUCCAUAAUAGUUUCAAGGAGUUUCGGCUACAGGUUGAAACAGCUUAUCCUGACAGAGGAACUGUGCCACCUCCUACGACCCGCACAUCAGCGCCUGCAGGAACCACACCUACAACCACAGGUCACUACCUAUCCAACGCCCACCCGCUGGCAGAAGAAUUCUGUCUCGCCAACUAAAUCCGCCCCUACAGAAAAUGAUCCUACGCUUCAACGUCCAACACAGACCAAACGGACUCCAUCUACCAGAACCUGGACCAACACCAGAGUCCGAACCCUGCACGUCACCACGUUAUUUUAAUGUUUGGUGUUUUUACACGUGUGUUUUUUUCCUCCUAGACGUCAAAAAUAAAUCUUACCUUACUAGUCUGACCAUCAUCUGCACCUCAGACACCGAUACUGGGAACAUCUGCGUCACAAAUGUCCUCAAACGGGUCACAGAAAGGACACAACGAUCUGAAUUAUUUAUUCAAUUCUGAGUCCUGGUCUUGUACACUAGGUGGCAGCAGAUAGCUUUUGGUUGCAGACCAGGAUGGGUAUGAUGAUCGUGGAGGUGGACAAAAUAUCGGAAACCUAACAAGUAUAGCGCCAAUGUUUUUCUCUUAAACAGCUUCUUAUUUCGUUCUGAAUAGUCUUAAAGAAGUGCUGAAUGGGUAAAA